CCAAGCUUGACCAACCUCCUAAUAUUGCAAGAGGCACUGGAUCUCUGCACUUGUUGCAGCCCCAACUUUCUGGGUUUGCUCUCCACUCUACCAUGAGCUCAUCAUGCAUCUGCGAGGUCGAAUUCCCAACUAUUCGCUGUGAAUCGUCUUCCUUCCGUCCCGGCGCAAUAGCAACGAAAAUCCAAAAAAAUCCUCCAGAAUAGUUUGAACUUCACCAAUUUGAAACGGUAGAUUUGCGAGAGUUUCUUGAGCCUCACACUAUCCAAUUCCAGCCCAGACUCGAAUAAGCGCCAUCGUUGUCGUUCGCAACCAGCAGCUGCCAACAAUGGCGGCUCCAUAUUGGGGGAAGCUACCACCGGCCAAAGUCACUCGAGGAAACUCACUUAGACGAGAAGAUGAGCAAAUGCCCAAAGGAAACAAUCACCUUGCAAUAGAUACAAGCGUGGCCGGCGACCGUCUUUCGAAUCGGUACUCUUUCCAACCGCAGACUCAAUCCAGACAGAACAGGUACUCAACACAUACCGACGCACCCACGCUAUCUACACAAAGCCCUUUUGCUUCACCGAUUGCUUCAGAGUUUCGUGGAGAAGGGCUAGCACCUCGGCCUCCAUCAUUUCAAAAGGGCGUCUCGGAAGCACAAUACAAUAGGGACUAUCUUGAGAAACGGCGACGUCGAGAAAGUCGAAAUAGAGACGAAGUUUAUGACGAACCCUCCGCUAUACCCCCACCAGCUGCGCCAGAUGCACCGAGACCUCCCCCUCCAGUCAGUUACAAGCAACCGUAUAUCAACGGCCCCCCUUUGGCUCAGUACGCAGCCCCCACGCGAGUAAGAUCCACGAGAAGGUCCGAAGGACCAGUGAGCCCUGGCAAAGCCGCACCAGAAGAAUACUAUCGAUCACAUACGAGAGAAGAACAUAAAUCUGUUGAUGAGGAGGGUGUACUUUCUAGAAAGGUGGAACCGAGCAACGGAAAAGCUGCUGUGCGAUCUAGUGGCAGUCAGAGAGAGAGGCCUGAACGUCUUGAUUCCUAUGAUUCCCAACCGCGGAAAGGCUCUCUCUCCGAGGCGGACGCAAAACGACGCAGAGAGUGGGCACCGGACAGGUCUCCUCUACAGAGGCUAGAGCUGACUCUUGACAGCAUAACCAAAGAAGAAAAACGUGCGCGUGUCGAGGAGGCCGAGCUUCUUGCAAGGGAGGCGAAGGCAGGUCGUGGUGGUGAAAAGGCGCAUCAGAACUCCGUCCGAUUCAGAAAUAGACCUGUAGCAAAGGCACCUGAGCCCGGUUCCCAGUCGCCACCCCAAAGUCUUCCGGAAGCAGGACUUGUCCGGAAUCUAAGCACCAAACAGAAAGAUCAAUUGCAACGGAGUGGUACGAUGGAAAAGAAACGGCCGGUCGAGUCUGAUAUUCCCUCAUCGGGUGAUGCCAGCCGAGGGUUUGACUAUGAGCCAGGGGACGCGAAACCAGCAAACUUAGGGAAGGAAACUGCCAUAACAUCGACUCUUCAGCGUGGACCGAGCUUUCGCGAUCGAUCCUAUCUUCCCGUGGCUGCGGGAUCUGCUGUAGCUGCAAGUGCUGCACUGAGUCGCAGUGGGAGCAAUAAGCUCAAGAAAGCUCCGCCUGGUGAUCCAUGGUUACAUCGACGUAUGGAGGGCGAGAAAAAGUACGCAGAGGUCACUGCACCACGGCAACCUCACCCUUCAGUCAGUGACCGUCCGCAAACAUCAACUUCAAUGGCUGGACCCUCACGAGACACUGCCUUCCGAAGUCACCCUCAGGUCAAGGAGAAAGAACUUCCAACAAUACCGAUCGAAAACGGUAAAGCUCCUCCUCAUGCACUUGACUACCUCGUAGGGGACGAGUUAGAGAACAAACCCGUGCGUCGUGGAACUUUAAAUAAGAUUGAACAGCUUACAGGCGAAAAGCGACCUAUGCAGACCUCAACAUCUGCUCAGCCCGGGAAAGAAAUCCGGACAGAACUUGUAACCGUCAAUGGCAUUCAGUAUGCAGUUAACCCAACUGGAGACUCAACGCAACCAGCAGCACAACCAGCAACACGCCAGCCGCCGACCGCUCGCCAUCUCCUCCCAGAUCUCCUGCACCACAGACACGAACAAGCACAUGGCCAGGGCGUCUACAUGCCAUCAAGGCGCCUUGAUGAAUGGAAAAAGGGUGGCGUUGCACUGCUGGCAGGGCCAUUACUCGACCUUGACGUAGUUGAUCAAUCUGAAGCAGAAAAAGACAAAGCAUGGUGGGAAGCAGGAAACACUGGAAAGAGACGACGGAGCUCGACCAGUCAACGGAAAGCAGAAGCAUACGAUGGCGAGUACGAUGAUACCAGUGGUACGCCCUUCCAAAAAUCUUAUUCGAGCGACUGUGCAAGGUGUAUCUUCGAGCGGGAUCAAGCGGACAAGGCAAAUCUUGACACGGUUGAGACCACUCUAGGAAUUGAGGGCGGAUCAGCUGGGAACUCUCCUCAAGUUGAAACGCCCGGCACCCUUAAAGCCAAAGCUUUUACUUAUUUUCAUUCCCCCAAAUCCAAUCUACCUCCUCUCAAGCCCCAUUUACUGACGUGUCCACUGCGGUCUAUCCGCGCUCGGCCUGAUAUAGCUCCCACAAGAUUCAAGCCACCUUUGUUCCUCAAGAGCGGGCCACUACUGCGUUACUGUGGCUUGCGUCGAGAUCGGCCUAAAAGUCGAUCUGGGCGAAACCACGUGCAGCCAGAGCGAGAGAUUUGGAGGGGCAGCGUCAUGAUUGUCACCCAGGAUGCUCACUCAUCAUACGAACUUGCUCCCACUCUCAGACUGUUUCUCCAGCCAAUGGAAUUAUUACCUCCUCCACCAGCGCAGGUAGAUGGCGAAAUUGAUGAACUGGCUCCUGAGUAUAUCGAUCCAAUUGCUGGACUUCCGAAAAUCGGAAGAGAUGGACGAACUCUCUACAUCAGACCUGUCGACCACUUAGAUGAAGCAAAGGAUUUGUCUCGGGAAGACUCAGCUGACGGUCUCUACGAAAUCAACAGAAGUCCCGUCGAUGGUGCUACUGAUCGCAAGCAGACAUUGCAAUAUGACGGGGAGAAGGCUGGAAAAUACAAAGAAGUGCGCGGUUUCCGUCUCCAUGCUGAACAGGGCGUCACUUUCUGGAGGUUCAACCUGGAAAUUGAGCUUCGUGACCAGCAACAAAGGAUCGCAUAUCGCAUCAAUCGAGGUCCAGCAACUGGCUUCUGGGUUCCUGCUCGAGAUCAAGCUAUGAACAUCAUGUUCCACAGUUGCAAUGGCUUCAGCCAUGAUGUCGACCCCGAUCUAUACUGUGGGCCAGAUCCGAUGUGGCGCGAUGUCUUGAAUACGCAUCAAACUCAGCCAUUUCAUGUGAUGCUCGGUGGCGGCGACCAAAUUUAUAUGGAUCGCGUCAUGGAGGACACGAAGUUGUACAAGGAGUGGGCAGAAAUGCGGGACGAACACCACAAGGAGAAAGCUCCGUUUACUCCUGAACUUCAGGCAGAGCUUGAGGCAUUCUACCUGAAUCGCUACUGCCUGUGGUUCUCACAAGGCCUUUUCAGUAUCGCCGUUUCUCAAGUUCCGAUGAUCAAUAUCUUCGAUGACCACGAUAUCAUUGACGGGUUUGGCUCUUAUCCGGACCAAUUGAUGAGCUCACCCGUAUUCUCGGGCCUAGGAGCAAUCGCCUUUAAGUUUUAUAUGCUGUUCCAACAUCAAAGUAGCAUUGAUGAGGGUGAAGAAACUGAACCCACUUGGGUUUUGGGAACACAACCAGGGCCUUACAUUCAAGAAAUGAGUCGGAGCAUUUUCACCCAUUUGGGUCGAAGCAUCGCCUUCCUUGGUCUCGAUUGCCGAACUGAACGAAUGAACGAUGAGAUAGUCAGCGCUGAAACUUAUCACAAGGUCUUCGCUCGUCUUGGGAAGGAAAUUACCAAAGGCGAGACCAAACAUCUCAUCGUGCUAGUCGGGGUACCGGUUGCAUACCCAAGAAUGGUGUGGCUUGAAAACCUUCUCACUUCGAGAGCCAUGGAACCCAUCAAAAUGCUGGGCAGGGCAGGGCUUUUAGGUAAAAGCCUCCUCAAUCAUAUGGAUGGUGGUGUGGAAAUCUUAGAUGACCUUGAUGAUCACUGGACUGCAAAACACCACAAGGUGGAACGCAACUGGUUCAUUCAAGAACUACAAGAUCUAGCGGCCGAGAAGUCUGUUCGAGUCACAAUCCUUGGCGGUGAUGUCCACCUCGGCGCAAUUGGUCAAUUCUAUUCGAAUCCAAAGUUGGGCCUCCCUAAAGACCGUGAUUUCCGGUACAUGCCCAAUGUUAUCUCUUCAGCAAUUGUCAACGCUCCGCCGCCAGACACGCUUGCCGAUCUUCUAAACAAACGGAACAAAGUCCACCAUCUCGACGGCGACACGGACGAGGACAUGAUACCGAUUUUCACUCAUGAUGUCAAUGGAAAACCAAGAAACAACAAGCGUCUGCUUAAUCGGAGAAAUUGGUGCUCCAUCCGACAAUAUAACCCGGAACUGAGUCCACCUCCUACACCGCAGACAGAUGGAAGUCCCAGCCCUCCGCCCAAAGGAGGAUUGUUCCGGCGUCUUUCAAAGUCUCGCGGCCCAAGUUACCGUUUUGAUGCUGCACCAAGCGCACCACCUCUAUCCAAUCCAGGUUUCUUCGGGAGAAAAGAGUCUACUUCACGACGUGGCUCUGUCGACUCUCAACGUCCAGGGGUCCUGACAAGAACUCUAUCUCUAACUCGCAAAGAUUUCAUGCCAGCUACACUGUUCCGUCGAAACAGCAAGCGGAGACCAGAUGAUGGUGGUAUCAAUGGGUAUGGUGCCGAUAGUGACGACGAUAUAUCCCAUUACCAAAACAGAUCAGGAAUUAGAGGAGGGAGCGGGGGCCGUGACGAUGAUGACGGCUACUUCCCAACUAUGCCGGCACCAACCGGACGAGUAGCCGAGCAUCCUGUCGAGAACGCCUCAACCUUCGUUGCUGGAACUCCGGUUCUGAAAGGGCUUGGUAGAAGCCAGUUUCAUCGCACGCCUACUGGGUUGUCCCAGAAACAGUUAAGGAACGGUGACGUGCACGAGAUCAACCUUGAAGGCGGAUUGGAUAUUUGCUUGAACAUGGAAGUGAGCCCUAAGGACCCCGCUGGAAUCACAAUGCCAUAUCGAUUACUAGUUCCAGCACUUCGGUACGAUGAGGAGGAGGAGAAUUUUGAUCAAGAAAAGAUACAUAUAGGUGGUUUGAAGAGACUCUCUUCAGUGAUGAGGAGGAAGAGGUUAGACAAGGGGAAGGAAAGGGCAGAACCAAUGUGAACAACCUUUUGGUUGCUGGUCAUUGUGAAGACUCGACGAGAUGAUGAGCUGAGGAAACAUAUGGAAAAUAUGAGAUGAUAGAUGGAUUGAUAUUACGAUUCAGCGAGCGUGCUCUCAGGCAUUGUUUGAAUGAAAAGAUACUGCGAUUCAGCGAGCAUUCUUUCAGGCAUUGACUGGCUCUGUAUGAACUAUCCUUCUCCUCCUGCAGAGUAUGCCCUGUUGUACAGUACUUCAGGAUACGUAAUUUCGUAAAUUCCCACAUGUUCGUUAUGAGCAUUCAGUGCGAGUGAGGCCCCCUACUUCGUACUUGGCUACCUAUCGGGAGUAUGAGGUGAGACUCUGGAUGAUCUGCUGUGCUCCUGAAACGACGAGCUUCCUAAUUAAGACUUAGCCGGAUCUUAGUGACAUCCUCUCAGUUUCGC